GAGAGAACUGCUCCACCCACCACCCCACCCCACCACUGUUCGCCAUCACACAAGUACUCUUCCCCAAUGUCCUUGUCCUCUGUUCAAAUACGGAACAGUCUUCAAAAUUAACAUUGACUCUCCUUUCACACACACUCAUUCCAAGUAUGUCAGUUUCAUUUGACCUUUUUUUUUUAUACUUAACAGUUGAUUAAAUAUUCCUGUCAUUAAUGAUCUAACUUCCUGUUGUGUUCUGCCCCCAUUGCUUCUACAUCCCACGUCUACACAUCUGUGAGAUGGCACAAUUGCCGAGUGCUAACUGACUUACUGAACUGAAAUGCCACCUGGCCAGUGAGAUGGCUCAACAGGAAUAAUGAUGGCUGCCAAACAUGAAGAAGGCCCCUGCAUCAACUUCAGGGAAAUGACAUUUAUUGACAACACACUUUACUUCACACCCGAAGAUGAUGGAGACCUGGAAUCAGACGACUUUGGCAGGCUUGAAGGUGGUAUAAGCACAGUAAUACGAAACAUUAAUGACCAAGUUCUAUUCGUUGACAGAAGAAAACCACCGGUGUUUGAGGAUAUGACUGAUGCUGACCAACAGGCUAAUGAACUCCAGACCAGACUGAUAAUAUAUAUGUAUAGAGAUUCUAAUGCAAAGGGACUGCCUGUAACCCUCUCUGUGGAGAAUCAAAAAAUGUUUACUCUCUCCUGUAAGGACAAAGUCAUCUCCUUUCAGGAAAUGGAUCCACCUGAAUAUAUCAAUGAUACAGAAAGUGAUAUCAUAUUCUUUGAGAGAGGUGUUCCAGGACACAACAAGAUACAAUUUGAAUCUUCACUGUACAAAGGACACUUUCUAGCUUGUGAAAAGGAGGAUGAUGUUUUCAAACUCAUUUUGAAAGAAAAGGAUGAAAAUGGGGAUAAAUCUGUAAUGUUCACUCUUACUACCUUACCUCACAGGCAUUAAGUAUUUUUGUGUUCCAGAAAGGCGAUUAGAAUACAUGAGCCUUGUGAUAAACCAUUCAUUCUGUGUUGCCAUAACACAAUACCCGAGGCUGCAUAAUUUAUAAAGCAAACAGGUCCAUUUAUCUCAUGUGUCUAGCCCAGUUCCUACUCCCUGGUGAAUGACCCUGGCUGCAUUACAACAUGGAAGACAAAGGGAAAGGAAUUAGCUGCGUGUGGCAUAGCACACGGAUGAGCCUCACUUCAUAGCAACUCAUUCUUGAGAGAGGCUUUAGUUCUCCCCAUGCUGGAGCCCUCAUGAUCUGCUCAUCUUCCACCUCUUAAAUGUCUCACUGCCUUAAUACAGUUAUACUGAAGGUCAAGUUUCCAGCACAUCUUUCAAAGCAAUCUAUUCUGUGACGGUGAAAUAAAUACCAAUAAUGGCUUCAA